AUGGUGUCGUUCACGUGUAAUUACUGCCAGGAUGUGGUGAAGAAGCCAAAGGUGCAGAGCCAUGCAAACGCCUGCGGCUGCGAUACGUUCACCUGCGUCGAUUGCAUGCGCGUGUUUGACUUGCACACCAUCAAAGGCCACACCUCCUGCAUGACGGAGGAGGAAAAGUACCAAGGAAAGUGGAAGCAAAAGCUUAGCAAUGGCAGCAGGAUUGUGAGGUCGGCGGUGGCUCCGCGCGGCAACAUUGAGCGCCCACCGUGCGCGCUAAUGAACGACCUUAGCUCCUCUGAUGAAAACAGCGACGACGACUGGGUGACCCGUCGCGGCGGUAAGGGUGCAGGGGCACCCCAAAAGUCAGCUGUUCCCACAUCUAACGGGCACCCAAAGCCAAGCGCAACGGUGUACCGCAAGCAUCCGCGCCCUGGCGUGAGUCUCUCCUCCUCGGACGACGACGACACGAUUAAAAAGUGUGCCACCACGGUGCCGAUGGCACCAGCGCACAAGAAGGCUAAAGCGGCCUGCUCAGCGUCUGUGACUCCGUCGUCGAGGUGGCUGGCGGCUGCGCCUGUCCCGCCGGUGCAGUCGCCUGCAAUGGGGAGGCCUGAGGUGAAAAAGGGCACUGCCGCACCGGUGCCGCACCAGAUGCCCAAAGAGGUGCGAGACGAGGCUGAAUGGGAGGUGGCACAUCCCGGCAAGGAGGAUACGCCACUGCUCCUGCCGCGCUCCACGAUGCCGAGGGACUGCAUCGUGCCCUCCUUCGUGUUGGGCACCAGUGAAGAGGUGGCUGGCAUUGUGGCUGACGUGUUAAACGACAGCGGUGUCUCCUCCAUGCGCACGAAGGAGGUCGCGAAGGGGCUCGUGGAGCGGUACGCGAAGCGAAUCGCCAAGUCGGUGCGGCACGCGGUAGAGAUGGCUGCCGAGUCGGGUGCCUUGAGGAUGGACAGCGACGGUAGCGUGUCAGUUACGUAA